UAUUUUGUACCAUCAGAUGUUAUUAUCGACAUAACUAGCGUUGAAGAAGUUAAAAAAAUCCGUGGUAGAUGACGGGGUAAUGCAAUUUGAUCAAUUUAUCUAUAUUUUGUCUUUCCCGCGACAACAUGUAGAUAAACGUGUACAUACGAAUAGGUGUACGGAAUAUACUAACGUAGUAAUGCAAGCACAUAUACAUUAGCACACGAUAAAUAGCGGUAGAGACAUGCAUGAGAUUGUCAAAGUGAAAUGAGAGAUGCUAGUCGGGUUCCGUAAAGCGUCGCAGUAGAUUAUUGUCAGAAAAGUCUCAAGUAAAAAAAAAAUUAGCUAGAUGUUUUCAUUGCUGUUUUUUUCGUACAGUCACUGAGAAAUCGACGUGAGUGUGCGCGCCAGUAAAAUAGUAUUUUCUCCUCUGAUAUGGCACCGGGAUACCGUUGUGGGAUCGUCACCGUUCAUACAACAAGCAUUACCGUUCUCUUUCUCAUUACGCUGUGAAUAAGUAAAAUACAUAAAUAAUCUAUAUUUCCUGGAGCUUCACUCAGAGUUUAAUACAAUGCUUUUGUGAUAUUGAAUGGAAUUAAAACGAAGAAAAAAGAAGAUUUAAAAAAUAGCGAGUGUUGAAAACAUCAAAGCGUCUAAAACAAUAAAAGAGACGUCUGUAGAUUAGAGUGAGUUCAAAAUUGUGGAUGAUUUCGUUGCCCAGGGAAGAUUGACAGGUUGAGAAGAAUGAUAGGAGGAGGACUUCCUAGUGGUUGGAUGAGGAGGUUUCUCCUUUUCCUUGUUCUAAUUACUGGGAUUUUCCUGAUUGCUAUGUACACCCAUGCACCACCACUUGUUUCUCUGAAACCAUUUACUCCAAAAAGAACUUUCCAUUCGCCAUGGUCAUGGGUUUGCGUGGCAAAUAGAUGUGAAAGAAAAGCUGUGAAAACACCACAAAAGUCUCUAGCAGCUUGUAUGGCUAUGUGCGGCGGAAACGAUCGAUUACUUUGGCCAAAACCAACAGGCAACGUAAUUCUUGGUGAUGGAAGUGUCAUGUUGACUAUCCAACAGAUUAAAUUUAUUACGACUACUGCCAGUAACCAGGAAGUUGUAAGUCUGUUGGAGCAUGCUAAGGACGUAUUCAUUGGAAAUAUCCGAAAUUUGGAAAGAUCUUCAAACAUAAAAGAACAAUCGACCAUUGAUAAGUUUGAGAUACAUCUAAAUACUGGAGGAGGUCAAAGUACUAGACUUCUCUUAGACACUGAUGAGUCCUAUAAGCUCGAGGUGAAUUUAAAAGAAAGAGUUCUUUACGGCAGAAUCACAGCUAAUAGUUAUCAUGGAGUACGACAUGGUCUAGAAACGCUCAGUCAAUUGUUCUGGUGGGAUGAAUCGACAGAAAAACAAGGUCUUGCUGUGUUAUCAAAUGUCCUUGUAGUAGACAAGCCCACGUUUCAUUAUCGAGGUUUAAUGAUCGAUACUGGAAGGCAAUUUUUCCCCGUGUCCGAAUUAAAGCGAGUGUUGGAUGGAAUGGCAGCUUCUAAAUUAAACACUUUUCAUUGGCACAUUUCUGAUAGUCAAAGUUUUCCUUUUGACUCUAGUGUCUUUCCACAGAUGGCUCGAUGGGGUGCUUAUAGUUCUGAAGAAACCUAUUCUCCUGAAGAUAUUCGAGAUAUAGUAGAGUAUGCGAAGAUAAGAGGGAUCAGAAUACUCAUGGAAAUUGAUUCACCAGCACAUGCUGGAGCUGGGUGGCAGUGGGGUCCGGAGUUUGGAUUUGGAGAUCUUGCAUUGUGUGUUGAUCAAGAGCCUUGGUCUUCUUAUUGUGGGGAGCCUAAUUGUGGACAAUUGAAUCCGAUCAACAAACACACAUACAAAAUUCUCGAAACGCUUUACAAGGAGCUCUUAGACUUAACAGAAGUACGUGAUAUUGUACAUUUAGGGGGAGAUGAAGUCAAUUUAGAGUGUUGGGCUCAGUACAGUAACAUAACAGCAGCAAUGCAAAUGCAAAACUUGACUGAUCUCCAUUCAAUGUGGGCUGACUUUGAAGGAAAAGUUCUUCAACGAAUAAUUCGUGCUAAUCACGAUGAAAUUCCUAAGGCUGCCAUUCUCUGGAGCUCUCCAUUAACCAAACGCCCUUGGAUUACAUUACAUUUUGAUCCAAAACUUCAUGUUAUUCAAACAUGGGGUGGCAGUGCGUGGCCAGAAACGGGAGAUCUUUUAGAGGACGGAUUUAGAGUUAUUUUAUCUCAUGUUGAUGCUUGGUAUUUAGACUGUGGAUUCGGGAAGUGGAGGGAAACAGGAGAAGCUGCGUGCGGUGAAUAUCGCACUUGGCAAACUGUUUACAAUCAUAGACCUUGGAGAGAUUACCAAGCAACUAUUAAUCUUAUUCUUGGGGGAGAGGUGGCUCUUUGGAGUGAGCAAAUUGGACAAGCUUCAUUGGGACCUCGACUAUGGCCCCGAGCUUCGGCUUUCGCGGAAAGAGUAUGGAGUGAUCCUUUAAGCUCAAGUUACUUAACGGAAGAAUCAGUAUACACAAGAUUAGCUUCUCAUAUGGAUCUCUUACAAAAUCGUGGAUUAAAAACGGAAGCAAUGUGGCCUCAGUGGUGCUCUCAGAAUCCAGGUAAAUGCCUCUGACCGCUUUCUAAAUAGAAUCAAACAGGCUUAGAGUUACUACGGAUUGGCGAUGCAAAAGACAUAAAAAGUCAUUAUUAAUAUUGUAAUUAUUAUAGAAAAAAUAUUGGUUUUUUUUUUCACUGUGAUUGUACAUACAAACAAAAUUUCUUCGAUAAAUCAAUGUCGACGCGAUGAUAAUAGUAAUGAUUACAAUCAAUUCUAGAAGGACAUUUGAUCUAAACAAUAAUAAUUUGUACUAUAAAGCCUGAGAAAGUGGAGCUUAUAGAUGAAAAAUAGUUUGUAUUGUGAGAAACAAAAGACAAUGAUACGUGAUCACGUAAAGUUCUUUAUCUCAAUUUUUAUUUUUAUCACAAUAGAAUUUUUGAUAAAGCAGAACUCUACAUGAUUACGUCAGAGAGAACAUAUAUAAAUUUUUGAUGGUAUUAUUUAAAAAAAAUAAUGACUGAGAACCAAAUUAUGAAUAAAUUUUUUUUUAAUCCUGUCGUAAGUUGGGUUAACAAUAUUUUAUAAUUUAUUGAUUAUUUCUAUGAACGAUGACAACAUAACAAAAAUUAAAAAAAAAACCAUCAUGUAAUUUAUUUAAUGAUCUACUGACAUUAGCGAAGAAUAACAAUUGCAUAAAAUCACAUUUAUUAAUUAACAUAAAUCUAAAGUCCAACUUUUGCUCAUUAUAUUUCGUGUUCAUAGAAAUUUGUUGGAUUUACUUAAGGAAGUGAUAAGAAUAUUUUACCUUACCUUUGCUUCUAGAUGAGUGCAUUUUUUCUCAGUAUCUAUGAAUAAAUGUAUAGUAGUUAUCGGUCGCGCAAGAGUUCAAUUGUACAUUAGUCAAUCAUGCGAUAAGAUGAUUCGUACUUGUUUUCUAAAUAGAUUUAUAAAAAAAUAUUAGAAAGUGUUUAAAAUCUCGUUAUUCAUUUAAUUAUUAUUAGUGUUGAAUAUAAACUGAUUGUGAGAUUAAAUAAUUGGUACUUGACAAUGGUCUUUGAAAUAUUGUCGGAAUCAAGCUUAAUGUUAUUUGGGAAAAUUCGUUUAGCGCGACCGUUGACAAGUUUGAAAAGAGACUAGUAUAAAUUCAUUACUAAUAAAAUAAUAGUAAAAGGUAUUUCAUAAGAUGAAUUAAACAAAAAAAUUAAUAUUGUUGGCAUUUCAUUCUUUAAAAGUGCCUUUAUAAGACUCAGUUUUAUAAUUUUAAUCACGUACUGUGAAGCUAUAUCAACGAGAAAAACAAAGAUUUUUAAAAAUAUUAUCUAGAAAAAGUUCAUGACAACUAAACAACAAAAACUAUAACAAAAAUUUUUUAAUGAAGAUAUAAAAAAAAGUAAAAACAAAAAUUAAUAAUAGAAUUAAAUUAUGUCAUCAAGAAUAAAAUUUAAUGAAAUUAUGUGAGCUAUUUUAUAAUGUAAAAUACUGACAUUUUGUUAACAUACUUUAUACGAUUGUUAUGCUUAAAAAAGCAGAAACGAUGAAGAUAAUAAGACCCAAGUACUAUAAAACCGUGGUUUGUUCAUUACCUGAACAAUACAAAUGACAAUGUUCUCAAUGACCCAGAAUUCUUUAAUUACGUUCACUUUUGAACUUUACAAUUAGCAAUUUUUUACUGUAAUACCUUAAUGAUCAACUUAAAAAUUGUAACAUAGUGUAUAAUAGUGAUAAAUGAUCUUAAUCAUAUAUAUAUAUAUAUUUAGAGGUGUCGAUAUUUGUAUUAAAUUAUUAUUAUUUCUACAAGCAUAAUUAAUUUUAAUGGCGAUCACAACUUAAUUAGCCAAUAGCGGUAUUUUUAUAAUCCUUAACCCCUAGUAUUUUUUAUAAAUCGUAUAAGAUGAAUAAAUGUGCUAAACCAUCUUAAUAAAGUUUUAUUUUUAUUUAAAUAA